AUUCCAAAAAACUUCAUCAUUCCAAAAUCAAACAAAACCCCCCAAUUGCACUGACGAAAGAGCGGUGUUUUUACCUUUUCAUCCUUCUUUAUACACCUCAAGUUUUCAUUUUUAUGGCCUCUUCUGCGAUAACACGAUUCUUUAUCAUCUUCACUCUGCUUCCCAUAAUCACACAUUCUAUCCCUUUUGUUCUCUUUCAUGGCAUUGCAGAUGGUUGCAGCAAGAAAGGAGUAAAAAAUUUUACCGAAUCUUUAAGCAAGUGGUCUAAUACUCAAGGAUAUUGCAUAGAAAUUGGAAAUGGGGUCAUGGAUUCUUGGUUUAUGCCCUUUGCUAAACAGACAGAGAUUGCAUGUGAAAAGGUGAAGAAUAUGAGUGAACUUAGUGAAGGUUACAACAUAGUUGGACUUUCCCAGGGUAACAUGGUGGGGAGAGGAGUUCUUGAAUUUUGUGAUGGAGCACCUCCGGUGAAGAACUACAUAUCAUUAGCAGGUCCUCAUGCUGGGGAAGCAGCAAUCCCUUUAUGUGGUUCGAGUUUCAUAUGCAUUCUUGUUGAUGAUUUGAUGGAGUUAGCAGUUUAUAGUGAUGUUGUUCAGGAACACUUGGCUCCAUCAAAUUACAUGAGGGUCCCCACAGAUCUUGAUGCAUAUAAAGAAGGGUGUAAAUUUCUCCCGAAGCUAAAUAACGAGUUUGAAAAAAACGCUACAUAUAAAGAAAGAUUCAGCAGCUUGCAAAAUUUGGUGCUUAUAAUGGGUGAUAAAGAUUCAGUUUUGGUACCCAAAGAAACCUCUUGGUUUGGGUACUUCCCUGAUGGAGCUUAUGAACCUAUACUUCCAGCACAAAAGACGAGAUUAUAUAUUGAAGACUGGAUUGGGUUGAGGACACUGGAUGAGGCUGGGAGGGUCAAAUUCGUAAAUGUGACGGGAGGACAUCUUGAAAUAAGUGAUGAUGAUAUGAAGAAAUACAUUGUUCCGUAUUUAUUAGAUGAAGAAGCAGAAGCUCCCCAGAAUCCGAUUCUGAUAGAAUCAGAAUCGGAUUCUGAUGCCACGAGUUUUCUAAGCAGAAAACACAGUGGACAACAAGACCUUCAAUUAAACAUUAACAUUUUACAUCGCUUGUGAUACAAUUUCAAUGUUUAUGAAUUAUUUUUUUUUUCGUGAAUAUGUCUAUUUUAAUAUACUAUGCAAAGUGGAGAAAAGAUGCACUAAUAUUUAGCAUUAGAAAGACAUGUAACUUAGAUCAUGAAACUGUUAGAUAGUUAUGGAUGGUUACAAAAUGGGUGUGAAUUGAGUUUUAUGUUUCUUUCCAAAUUUUGUAUAUGGAGGAUAGAUAAUUGUUAUUAUAAUAUAGUUUAGAUUACUUUGAAUGGUUAUAUAGAA